AUGACCUCCGCGUCUGCAUGCCCGCUGUGCAAGCGUCACUUUGGGAUUCUUCGUUGGAGGCACGAAUGUGACCACUGCAAAAAAACCGUGUGUGAUGACUGUGCACCCAAGCUGCAUGAUAGCCGUCAGUGCACUGCGUGUGCUGCGAAGGCGAAACAGCUACGACAGACGCAGAAGCUGCAACAGAUCCCAAAUCCCGUAUCGGUGGGGGAUGAGCGGGCCACACGUAUGCGGGCCGCUGAGGAGCGUAUGAAGGCGGCGAUGCAGCGCGGUAGGCCACAGACUCGGGAUGUGCAGCACCCUGUAUUGUCAGUAGAGACACCGAUACGAGAAAUGCCGCAGCAGCAGCAGAUGUGUGACACUGGCACGUCAUCAUCGACACACGCUGAUGUGCCAACACGAGCGAAUCCGGAGGAGAAUCCUGUGCUGGCUGCAGCGCUUCGUCGUCGGGAGCAAGAGCAAUUGGGCGGGAACACGAACCGGGGAAACAGCUCCGAGAAGAUGAGGCUGUUGAGUGCCAUUGUUGCCGUUCUUCACCAGUGGGGAGAGGAUGAGCCGUUCGGUCUUCGUUCCAUGGAUGAGACGAAGCUACAGUCAUACUUAUGCUACCUCAAAAGCAAGGACAAGAGCUCUGCUGUUUUGUAG